AUGACUUUAAAGAGAAUAUCUUCAAUAUUUAAAAACCUGUCACAACCUGAGGAAGAUGCAGAGAAAGUACCGACAGGUUCUGUGUAUUCUAGAGCCUCUGAAAAACCUAAGCCUUUUGGCCAGGAAGAGCAAAUCGUUAACGAUGGAAUUGCCCCACCACGUAAAAUUCUUUUUCCACCUGAGAAAAUCUGCAUGGAUUGGCAACAGCCACUGAACGUUGGAGUUGGACUGUGGAAUCUGGGCAAUACGUGUUACCUUAAUGCUACUUUACAGUGUUUGACGUACACACCUCCUCUGGCCAAUUACAUGCUGUCUCUUGAACACAGCAAGUCAUGUCACGAAAAAGGCUUCUGUAUGAUGUGUACAUUGGAAGCUCACAUUAACCAGGCCCUGUGUUUCUCUAAUAGUGCUAUCAAACCUAUAUCUGUUAUCAAUGGCCUUAAAAGUAUAGGAGAACAUUUCUGUUACGGCAGUCAAGAGGAUGCACAUGAAUUCUUGUCCUUCACUGUUGAUGCUUUGCAGAAAGCUUGCUUGAAUGGAGGCACCACAUGGGACACAUCUUCUCAAGCCACUACGCUUAUUUAUCAAAUAUUUGGAGGAUACCUAAGAUCCCGAGUAAAAUGCUUGAACUGCAAAGCCGUUUCGGACAGGCACGAGCCAUUCCUCAGUAUUACUUUGGAUAUAGAGACCGUUACGUCUCUCACCGCGGCUCUGAAACAAUUUGUGACACCUGAACAACUGGACGGAGAAAACAGCUAUAAGUGUAGCAAGUGCGAAAACAUGGCUCCUGCCUCCAAGAGGUGCACGAUACAUCGCUCCUCCAAAGUUCUCAUCGUAUCGCUGAAAAGAUUUGCAGAUUUUACUGGUGGCAAGAUCAACAAGGAUGUGGAAUACCCUGAAUAUUUGGACCUUCGAGCAUAUAUGUCCCAGUCAAGGGGAGACCCACUCAUGUAUUCUUUAUAUGCAGUUCUUGUUCAUUCUGGUUUCAGCUGCAAUGCUGGACACUAUAUCUGCUUCAUAAAGGCCGGCAAUGGAUUUUGGUAUCGAAUGAAUGAUGCCAUAGUGGAGUGUUCCGAUAUCAAAACGGUUCUCAAUCAGCAAGCUUAUUUACUUUUUUAUAUCAGGCGCCACGAUUUGACAGUUGGAGAACGUGGUUUUUGCUUACCAGCAACUUCUUAUCCCCGUUCAUUCCUUGGUCAGCACGGGCCUAAUAGUAAGCAGGCUGGAUUUAUGGGAGCACGGCUUCCUCCUCGUAUGAUUAAGCAAAAUGGACUGAAACUUGAUGAUUUUACUUGCCAAGUCCAACCUGCUAAACCUUCUGAGAUAUUCUUUGCUAAAACAAAUGGAUUGCUUGAACCAAUACCUGUAGCUGAGUCACCGAUUCCUCAAGAAAUAGUCUUAGAAUCCCUGGCCUACAGCCACCUGAACAGGUUGUCAGAGAAAACAAGUGUAUCUGCACCUCAGAGGUCUGAGGGUGAUCGUCUGAUGGAAACCAUAGUGACGGAAACAGUGUUUGCCUAUGAACAAUCCAGGAUGCCUCUUUCCGACCUUGGCUGUGAGAUUGAGAGUCCUUUUACUGUAUCAGACUCUGAAACCACUGAAACCAUUGCUACCGAAGACGUUGCUGAAAGUGUGAUAACAAAUGCUGAUAACGUACAUCCCAGUAUCAGUGGUCAGCACAAGGUCAGGAAAAUAUCCUUGGAUACUGAAGAUGAAUACCUUGGGCAUUGUGAGUCUGAAGAAAGUAGAGACAAAGACAGACCAGGAAGACCAAAAGAACCUGUACUCUUUGCAAAAGGAGAUCCUUCGUAUAUGAAAGGGUCUCCCGAGAGUGAAGAGAAAUUAUGGCAAGCUUCCUCUGUGAAGUCUGACAUUGAAUGUAGUCCUAAAAAACUUGUAUGUCUAGGUGUUACAGAUAAAUGCCAAGAUACAAAGGACAUUUCUAAUAACUACGUAGAGGUACCACCUGUUAAUGACUCUUCUAUUACAAAGCUGGAUAAAGUUCUGGAGAGUCAAUUCCCCAGACAAAAUGAGGGGCUGAAUAAUAAAAACUGCGAAGAGGAUAAUAGGCAAAAAUACGAGGAGAAGGUACAGGACUCCAAAAAAACUGACAAAGAGCACUACCGAAAGAAGAGACAAUACUCUGACAGUAAAGACCGGAAGCAAAGCAGGAGCAAAGCGGAUGAUCGUUCCUACAAAAGGAGGCGCUCUUGCAGCAUGGAAACAAAUAAGCAAUAUCAUCAUAAGCAGGAUUAUUGCAAUGAAGGCAAGUACAGACCUUCCCAUCAUGAAAGAAACAGUCCAAAUAAUGGCAAAAGCUCAGGAAAAUACUCUCGUUAUAAAUCCCGCAGCAGAGAAAGAACGGAACAAGACAGGAAUAAGUAUUACCAUUCCAAAGGAGAGAGGACUUGGAACAGGGAAAGAUACUACCAAGAUGAAUUACGGAGAUGGGAAAAAUGCAGAUAUUACAAGGAUUAUUACUCUGUUCAUGGAACAGGAGAUGGUAGAGAGAGAAAGUCCUCUCAUUUUGAUAAAGCCUUUGACAAAUUGAGUCAAUUCUACAAAUCACAUAGGGAUUAUCACUGCAAGAGCAGAUGGGCUCACAACACUCACUCCAGAGAGGAAGGAGCCCAUCACUUGAGUAGCCACAGAGAGAACUUCCGUCACUGUUCAGUACCUCAGCAGUCUGAAAAACACUCUCGGGAAGGGCACGCACCUCCACCUGCCUCAGCUCAUGCACAAUUUGACAACUCUUUCUGGGAAAAUGAGAAACUGAGGCUUGGCAAGAAGAAAUAUGGCGACGCAGAAGGAAGCGAAGCUGAAGUGGAAAAGAAACGCCGCAAGAUAGAUGACCAAAGAAUGAAAAAAGAUAAGAAGGUCAAGAAGAAAAAGAAGUCCAAAGAUAAAUAUCGAGAGAAGGAUUACAAGUAAGCAGGAAUUCCAGCAUAAUCCGCCAUUCUUUUCCUAACUCUUUUCUGAAUGUUUCCCAUGCCUGCCU